UCUAGUCUGCCCAGCCCUCGCUUUGGGGACUCCAUCAGCUUUUGAUUUGGAAGGACGCUGAUUGGCUGGAAGCGAUUCAACACACGCCGGGCAAGAGAGCUUUGUCUGAGUUGAAGUGAAGUUGUACAGAUUUUAGACUGGAGUCAGCAAUCACGGGCGUUUAGUCUGCAGCCGAGCAGAGAAAGGGAGAGAGAAUCGCUCGGGAAAGAUCCAUUGCGGACUCCGGCGGCACCCUGCAAUAGAUGGAUUCCGACUACACAAGGGGGAAAACGCGGAGGUGACACUCUCUUUGCCUGCCAAGAGGACGAACGGCCAAACAAAUGCAAGGACUGGACUCCAUGCCGGUAAUAUCUGGAAGGCGUGACACGGUGUGUAUAAAGCAAAAGUUUGAGAGCUGUUAAUUGCUGUGCUGUGUUAUUAAGAGACGCUUUCAAGUUUCCGGUACCAAAUGUAGCUUAGCUUUAAGUUGCCAAAGGAAGUUGAGGGGAUUGGUUUGCUGUUUUAACUUGCUCUGUGAGCGGAAUCUCAUAAACUGACCGAUGUACCAAAUGAAUGCUAAAAUGCACUUUACGUUUGUUUUUGCACUCUUGGUGGUGUCUUUCAACUUGGAUGUGCUGGGCAAGAAUUUGAAAUACAGGAUUUAUGAGGAGCAGAGGGUUGGAUCGGUAAUUGCAAGACUAUCAGAGGAUGUGGCUGAUGUGUUAGUUAAGCUACCUAAUCCUUCUACUGUUCGCUUCCGAGCCAUGCAACGGGGAAAUACGCCUCUACUCGUGGUCAAUGAGGAUAACGGGGAAAUCAGCAUAGGAGCAAAAAUUGACCGCGAGCAACUAUGCCAGAAAAACUUGAACUGUUCCAUAGAGUUUGAUGUGAUCACUCUGCCCACUGAGCAUCUGCAGCUUUUCCAUAUUGAAGUUGAAGUGCUGGAUAUUAAUGACAAUUCGCCCCAGUUUUCAAGAUCUCUCAUACCUAUUGAGAUUUCAGAAAGCGCGGCAGUGGGGACCCGUAUCCCUCUGGACAGUGCAUUUGAUCCAGAUGUUGGGGAAAAUUCCCUCCACACGUACUCUCUCUCUGCCAAUAAUUUUUUUAAUAUCGAGGUUCGAACCAGGACUGAUGGAGCGAAGUAUGCAGAACUCAUAGUGGUCAGAGAGCUGGAUAGGGAGCUGAAGUCAAGCUAUGAGCUUCAGCUCACCGCCUCCGACAUGGGGGUGCCUCAGAGGUCUGGCUCAUCCAUACUAAAAAUCAGCAUUUCAGACUCUAAUGACAACAGCCCUGCUUUUGAGCAGCAGUCUUAUAUAAUACAACUCUUAGAAAACUCCCCGGUUGGCACUUUGCUCCUUGAUCUGAAUGCCACUGAUCCAGAUGAGGGCGCUAAUGGGAAAAUUGUCUAUUCCUUCAGCAGCCAUGUGUCUCCCAAAAUUAUAGAGACUUUUAAGAUUGAUUCAGAAAGAGGACAUUUGACUCUUUUCAAGCAGGUGGAUUAUGAAAUCACCAAAUCCUAUGAGAUUGAUGUUCAGGCUCAAGAUUUGGGUCCAAAUUCAAUCCCAGCACAUUGCAAAAUUAUAAUUAAGGUCGUGGAUGUUAAUGAUAAUAAACCUGAAAUUAGCAUAAACCUCAUGUCCCCUGGAAAAGAAGAAAUUUCUUAUAUUUUUGAAGGGGAUCCUAUUGAUACAUUUGUUGCCUUGGUCAGGGUUCAGGACAAGGAUUCUGGGCUGAAUGGAGAAACAGUUUGUAAGCUUCAUGGACAUGGUCACUUUAAACUUCAGAAGACUUAUGAAAACAAUUAUUUAAUCUUGACGAAUGCCACGCUGGAUAGAGAAAAGAGAUCUGAAUACAGUUUGACUGUAAUCGCUGAGGACAAGGGGACACCCAGUCUCUCUACAGUAAAACAUUUUACUGUUCAAAUCAAUGAUAUAAAUGACAAUCCACCCCACUUCCAGAGAAGUCGAUAUGAAUUUGCAAUCUCAGAGAAUAACUCACCCGGGGCAUAUAUCACCACCGUUACAGCCACAGAUCCUGAUCUUGGAGAAAAUGGGCAAGUGACAUAUACCAUUUUGGAGAGUUUUAUCCUGGGAAGUUCCAUAACUACAUAUGUCACCAUUGACCCAUCUAAUGGAGCCAUCUACGCCCUCAGAAUCUUUGACCAUGAGGAGGUGAGUCAGAUCACUUUUGUGGUCGAAGCAAGAGAUGGUGGAAGUCCUAAGCAACUUGUAAGCAAUACCACAGUGGUGCUCACCAUCAUUGAUGAAAAUGACAAUGUCCCUGUGGUUAUAGGGCCUGCACUGCGCAAUAACACCGCAGAAAUCUCCAUCCCCAAAGGGGCUGAAAGCGGCUUUCAUGUCACAAGAAUUAGGGCAAUUGACAGAGACUCUGGCGUGAAUGCAGAACUCAGCUGCUCCAUAGUAGCAGGUAACGAGGAGAAUAUCUUUGUAAUUGAUCCACGAUCAUGUGACAUCCAUACCAACGUAAGCAUGGAAUCUGUUCCCUACACAGAAUGGGAGCUCUCAGUUGUCAUCCAGGACAAAGGCAAUCCUCAGCUGCAUACCAAAGUCCUUCUGAAGUGUGUGAUCUUUGAAUAUGCAGAGUCGGUGACAAGUACAGCAAUGACCUCAGUAAGCCAAGCACCCUUGGAUGUCUCCAUGAUUAUAAUCAUUUCCUUAGGGGCAAUUUGUGCAGUGUUGUUGGUUAUUAUGGUGCUGUUUGCAACUAGGUGUAACCGAGAAAAAAAAGACACUCGAUCCUACAACUGCAGGGUAGCAGAAUCGACAUACCAGCAUCACCCCAAAAGACCCUCCAGGCAGAUCCACAAAGGGGACAUCACAUUGGUGCCUACCGUUAAUGGCACCCUGCCCAUCAGAUCUCAUCACAGGUCAUCUCCGUCUUCAUCUCCUACCUUAGAAAGAGGGCAAAUGGGCAGCCGGCAGAGUCACAACAGUCACCAGUCCCUCAACAGUUUGGUGACCAUCUCAUCAAACCACGUGCCAGAGAAUUUCUCAUUAGAACUCACCCAUGCCACCCCUGCUGUUGAGCAGGUCUCCCAGCUUCUUUCAAUGCUUCACCAGGGACAAUAUCAGCCAAGGCCAAGUUUUAGAGGAAACAAAUAUUCCAGGAGCUAUAGAUAUGCCCUUCAAGACAUGGACAAAUUUAGCUUGAAAGACAGUGGCCGCGGUGACAGUGAGGCAGGAGACAGUGAUUAUGAUCUGGGGCGAGAUUCUCCAAUAGACAGGCUGCUGGGUGAAGGAUUCAGUGAUCUGUUUCUUACAGAUGGAAGAAUUCCAGCAGAUUUGAAAACAGAAGCUUAUAAAGGUUAAAAAAAAAGUAUACAAAAUCAAGCAAUUUGUAUAUUUUAGAGGUGAGAUUUGAACCCAUGCCUCUACUCAUAAACACAAAUCUAUCAAGAAUAAUAUAAAGUAAGUUGUUUUUGUUUUUUUUUAAUACUUUGAGUGACAUAUUUGUUUUGCCUUUCUUAAGUCUUACUACCUGUCUGAGAACCAAUGAAAUGCUGCUUAUUUAAUUAUGCUAUUACUGUAAUAGAUACUGCCUUUCUGACAGGAUGAUGUAUGGGAAGGACUUCUAGUGGCAUUAAGGGCUACAAUCAAUGUACACUGAAAGCUGAUACUUACACAGUCACUCAUGAGGUGGGGGGUUGUUUGUUUUUGUUAAAUUCAUAAAUUCUCUAAACCAAUUUAAAGAGAAAUUCUUGAAAAAACUAGUGGAAUAUAUAUGGCCUCAGACAAUUUGCUCAUAGAGAAACAGUUUUGUUAUUCUUACCCAUGAAAUGAAAAAGUUGGCUGAAUUUCUAUGAUUCUAUAAUACUGAUGGAACUCAAAUUUUGAAUAUUGAUUCCUAAUUUUCAAUAAUAUAAUUUCCCAACUUAAAUUAUUUCAUAAAAUGGAAACAUAUCAUGGGUAUAAUACCAAUAUUUGCUAAGUUAUUUUUUCAAUUGUAGAAAGUUGACUCAUUGACACAAUUCAUUUAUCACUAUAGUUAAAAGAAUAACUGCCCCUGCUUGGAUAACCUUGCCAGGCCCAAAUGAUGCCUAAAGUCCUUUUUUAACUCUGAAAUUCUCUGAUUCAAUAGCUAAUCAUGGUCUAAUUUUUUUUUAAAAAGGUCACAACUCCUCUUUCAUUCUAGCCUAUAGUUACCACUGUCACUUAUGUUCAUGGCAGGAGAGUUACCUAACGCUUGAAUUAAAGUAAUUAAAUUAAAUGUUAAAGAAUAAAGAAUAAUUGGGGAAAUAAUAGGUGGAUAUUGAUAAACUCUAGAUACUAGAGCCUUAUUUAGUGAGUGACUUUAGACUCCUUGUAAGUCACAUUUCUUCUGAAAGUUAGAGGCUCAUUUUUAUAUUACCAUUAAUAACACUAGUUAAUAUGUAGACAAGUCUUUAAAAAGGAAUUCCACAAAAUUAUACUUAAUCUAGGUGUGUGGUGGGAGAGCUCUUUUGCUAGGCCAUGUAACUGUAUUAUAAUAGAUUGUAUUACAAUACAUACACUUCUGCCUUAUUAGCUUCUUGUCUCUAUGUGGGGUAUUGUAGAAACUAUUCUAGAGGCACAGAGCUCAAGGAAAUCACUAAUGAUCCAUAAAAUAUCUUAAGCUUUUUGUAUGCUUGGCUAGUAUAGAGAUGUGCAUAAUCAAAUAUCUAUACUUAAUUAUCACCAUCAUUCUGAUGAUACAUUACCGAUAUUCUGGUUUAUUCUUCACACUUGCAGUUUCUUUCAACACAUUAGUGUGUAAAAGUUUUGCUUUGUAAACUUUAUAUUCCCAGGAAAUAUUCCAAGUAGAAAAAAAUGUUAAGUCCACAUCUGAAUGCCAUUAACAGAAAUCAGUACAAUUUUUUUAAAGCAUGGAUAUUUUUAGAAUUUCAGUGUCUUAUUCCAACUGUUUUUUUCUGCAUUAGACUGUGAUCAAAUAUAGAUUAUGUUAUGUUGCUUUGCCUGCCAACAGGGUCAUUUCUGGUCAUUCAUUCUAUUAAUUCCCACAGGAGGACCCUGCAUUCUGAACAGUAAAGUCAGCACGCAUUUUUGUCUGUUGGCUCGUGUUUGUCAACAUACUUUCUUCCUUACUCAUUCAACUUUGAAUUACAACUCUACACAAAUGCUUGCAAAAUCUCCCUUUUCCCAAAGUGCUAGCUACACCAGGAUGUCCUUGCGAUACUCCUUGACUGAGCUCAUUUCAUUUUUUUUUUAUCAUUGUAACAUCUAUGAUUACUUAAUUCAAACAUUCCUCUUUAAUUCCAUGUCCUCUCCAUUCUCAUGUCUGGUACCCUACUUCUGGUUGCUUUUCAGUAUCAGCACAUGAAGUGAUAUUCACUCUCCAACAGCUUCUUCCUUUGUCAAACCUUUCUUUCAUACAGCUUGAACAACUUUUUCAGAACAUUUUAUAUUUUUUAGUUCAAAAACAGUUAUUGACUUUUGUUGCCUGGCAACACCUAAUUCAGCUGUUUGUCUUGACAUUUCAAGGCCAGUGAAAUCCAGCCCUAGCUUAUUAAAUUUAUUUUUUUAAAAUCUUUUGCAAUAGGCAGGGUCAUGUCUACACAGCAAUCCUUUGCUCAUGUUCGCCUUUCUACCUGAAAAACUAGCUUCUCUUUACUUUGUCUAUCUUAGUUCUAUUCAUCUCUCAAAGUUUGUUUCGAGUUUCUCUUUAACUGCUUCAGCAUCCACUUAUACCCUUUUUUUUUUAAUUGAAGUAUGGUUGCUAUACAAUAUUAUAUGUUAUAGGUAUAUAAUACAGUGAUUCACAAUUUUUUAAAGUUGUAUUUCACUUAUAGUUACUAUAGAAUAUUGGCUAUGUUCCCUGUGCUGUAUAUAUCCUUGUAGGUUAUUUAUUUUAUACCUAAUAGUCUGUACCUCUUAAUCCCUUAUCCCUAUCUUGCCCCUCCCCUCUUCCCUCUCUCCACUGGUAACCAUUAGUUCAUUCUCUAUAUCUGUGAGCCUGUUUCUUUUUUGUUAUAUUCACCAGUUAUAGCUUUUAGAUUCCACAUGUAAGUGACAUCCUACAUUUUUUUUUUUUACAUAUUGUCUCAGCAUCAUAUAAUUUGACACCUUAGACAUCUAUGACCUCAUUUGUCACACUUGAUUAUUCUAGUACUGGAAACCAUUUGAGGGAGGGGAGCUAUCACACCAUUUUACAUAUGUCAGGCUCUUAAUAGAUGGAUAACUCAAUGACUAAUGGCUUGAUAGGAGUUAGGCAUAUAUUUAUCUUCUUAUACUCAAUGCCUGCUUCCUGUCCUGCCUAUAAGGUCUAGUACAGAGACAAAACUCACCAUCUUGCUGUGGGAAAACAGACUUUUCUGUUUCCCCAUGACUUUCCCUCCUCAGAGAAAGUUUAAUCACCAGACAAGAGCUUUCCAGGAACAAAGGAAGAUUAGCCCCUGGCACCACUAGCCAACAAGUCCUGAUUUGUUGGAAAUGGUGUAGAACACCUGUGACACUAAGCUGUAUGCACACUGAGAAUGAUUUUGCACAGUUGAGUCUUGGGGUAAAGGUUGAAUAUCAAUGAAAUUAAGAAACGCCCCUUCUGUGCCACACUGUUCCUCCACCUCUAUUAUUUUAGCUUUCCUUAUUCCCAUUAAUCUUUAUUCAUUAAUUUUUCAUAUUUUUGAGUUUUAAAAGUUUAUGUUAAUUUAUUAUUUUAUAACUAAAGCCCAAUUUGUUUAUUGUGAAGUUAUAAGAUAGCAUUCUCUGCCUAAAAAUUCCUAUGACCAAAUUUAUUUUUUAUACAAACUAUUGUUUUAAUUACUCAGAUGGUAUUGAUUGUGAUUUUCAUUACAUUCAGUUCUCUAGAAAGCUGAUCAUGCUCAGGAUUCUUAGAAGCUUGUGUAAUUUUUCCUUUUCUCCCCCAUCAUUAAACAUAAAACAAAACAAAUUCGAUCAAACAAUUAAGACCGUCCCACAGAAUUAAAUGCCAGAAAACAACUGAGGAGAUGUCUUUAGGUCUGUUACUCUUCCUUCUAAAAGGAUGUGAGUAAGACAAUACAGACAGAUCUCCUUUCCACUUUUAGAGACUCAGGGAAUUAAGGAAAAAAUUAAUUACCAUUUGAUAGUUAUUUCAGUGCUUAGAAAACCUCAUGGCUAUGGAGGUAUUCCAGUUACUUUCAACACCUUUUGAUUUUGUCCAUAUAUGAUAAACAACAACAGUUGGUAAAUAUCCCCCAAUAGUAAUAAUGCUUGAAGUCAGCACAUCUAAAUCUUCUUUAUUCUUACUGAUUUAAAUGUCACUUUUCUUCACAGCAAAAUGACACAAGGAUUCUCAGUAUUGCUCUUUCUCAUCCCAUUUUGAUUCCCACGGGAUUGGCAUUCACACUAUCCAUCAUUUUCCAUACUUUGAAUUUCUAGCCUUCCUAACAAUCAGACAUUUUUUCUCACGGUUCUUACUCUCAUUUAUGUUCUUCAACUGACUCCUUCUCUAUUAAGAAUUGAGGCCCAGAAUGGAUGAGGUAUAAGAACAGAAUUAUCUUCGAGAUGCACAUGAUGAAGAGCACUGACUUCCACACCUUUGAACAAAGUCCUUUACAUCUCCUUUUCUGAAAGGCGACAUUUACUCUUCACUUUCUUGUGCAUAAGUCUUUUCCAAAAUUUUAUUUUAUUGCAUGCUGCUGCUGCUAAGUCGCUUCAGUUGUGUCCGACUCUGUGUGACCCCAUAGAUGGCAGCCC